AUGUAUAUGCUACAUCGAAUAACCCGCUCGGCCGAUGUACCAGUUUCUACACACCCAGACGAAGCGCUCGACAAAACCUCCUUUCGGAUCGGCAACGCAGGCGCAGUGGGGCCCGAGUGGACCACGGCCUCGUCGGCGUCGGGGAGUGAUCACCGCGGGAACACCCUCAGCAACGCAGAAACGACUCCCAAGCCAGUCCCAACACGACUUGAGACUUUUCUCAACCUUCUCAACAGGUCGACCAAAGAUUCCGUCCCCUUGACGAUUGACAUCCCCUCGAGCAGCCCGAUGCGCCCUGCCUCGGUGCCGUCGACGCCGACGCCGAUCUACGAUUGGUUCGCCCAGACUGCAUCGCAGGAGGAUCAACACGGAUCGACGAACCGGGAGCCGACGAGCUUUCUCGACGAAAACGACGAGCCAAGUCACCCCCUCGAAGAACAUGGAGUACAUCCGACGUCACCAACCUCUGUGCACGACGAAGCUUCAGAUAGUGUGUCGAACUAUUCGACCGACCUCGAAAGCAAACUUGUGGCGUCGACGACGUCGCAGGCAGUCACCGCAUCAUCGAAGUCGACUUCAACCCGAUUCGAGCGCAACUCUGA